AUAUAUAAAUUACAAAGCCGCUCCACGAUUUCCCCCACUCUGUGAAUUAACACUCUCAAAAGAGAAUCAAACAAAAGAACCCCGAAGUUUCUCCCUCUUCUCGAACAAGAUGAGUACCAUGAAAUUUUGCCGUGAAUGCAACAACAUUCUCUACCCAAAAGAAGACAGGGAACAGAAGAUUCUCCUCUAUGCCUGCCGUAACUGCGAUCAUCAGGAGGUGGCUGAAAACAACUGUGUGUAUAGAAACGAAGUGCAUCACUCUGCUGGUGAACGCACUCAAAUAUUGCAGGAUGUGGCUGCCGAUCCAACUCUUCCUCGGACUAAAGCUGUAAUUUGCGCAAAUUGCAAACAUGGAGAAGCUGUCUUCUUCCAGGCAACUGCUAGAGGGGAGGAAGGUAUGACACUGUUUUUUGUUUGCUGUAAUCCAAACUGCGGACAUCGGUGGAGAGAUUGAGAUCCGAGAUAUCAAAGCUUGCUCGAUUUAAUGUCUUUUUUUUCAGUAAGACAGUUGUGUUGAAUCCUUUUUUAAGGAUUGUUAGUGUUUAUUUACUAAGUUUUCACUUGCUAUGAUUUAGAGCCACUUUCACCAUUAUAUUAGCAUGAGUUUGUUAAGAUUCAGACCCGUUUUUGACAACCCGAAAUCCGAAAUUCUAAACCCUAAAUCUUAAAUUUCAAAUUUAUUUUUAUUGAGUAA